AUGGUCAAAGCGAGGCCAAGACUCACCCAGCGAGCCUUUCUGGCCGGCUGCCUAGUACUAGUGCCUCUGCUGCCUCUUGCACUGAUGCAGGGCAAGGCUGCGCCAAAAGAGGUGAUCUGGGGCAUCAUCGGCUGCGGCGAUGUGGUAGAAAAGAAAUCAGGACCGGCGCUACAAAAUGCACCGCGGAGUCGUGUCGCGGCAACGAUGCGUCGAGACAAGGCCAAGGCCGAAGACUUCGCGCGGCGCCACGGCAUCCCGAGAGCCUACGACGACGUCGACGCAUUGCUCGCGGACCCCGAGAUCAAUGCGGUAUACAUCGCCACGCCGCCGGGGUCGCACUUGGAAAUCGCUCUGAAGGUUGCCGCGGCCGGCUACCCGCUCUACGUCGAGAAGCCGGCCGCUCGCACCGCGAAGGAGUGCGAGACGAUGGAGAGGGCUUUCUCGAAGCUGCCGCUCUUCGUAGCUUAUUACCGCCGCGCGUACCCGCGUUACGUGGCGCUCCGCGACGCGCUCCGCGGAGGCCGCCUCGGCACUAUUCAGAGCGUCUCCUACGUCUUCGCCCGGCGGCCGGCGCCGCCGCGCGCCGGCGACUGGCGCCACGACGCGGAGCGCAGCGGUGGUGGUAGGUUUGUCGACAUCGGCUCGCACGCGUUGGAUCUCAUCGACUUCCUGCUGGGGCCGCUCGAGCGCGUCCGCGCGUCGGCGACCGGGCCCGCGGGGCAGGUUGAGACGCGCGUCGAGAUGCACUUCCGCAUCGUCGGAACUAGCAUCGAUGGCACGGCGACGUGGGAUUUCGAGGCGUCGGAGGCCGAGGAUCUGCUCAUUAUUUCGGGUUCGGAGGGCUCCGUGCGCGUGCCAGCAGCGAUGAAUGGCCGCGAACUGGUGUGGCCGGACGGCGUCGAGAGCUACGACCCGCCUGACCCGGUCCAGCUACCGCUCGUCACAAAAGUGGUGGACGCGAUCCUCGACGGCUCGGAGUGCCCGUCGACAGCAAGUUCAUCGACGCGGACGUCGCGCGCCAUCGACGCCGCCCUUGGUCAUUAUUACGGGGGGCGAAGUGACGCGUUCUGGGCGCGGCCCGAGACGUGGAAUGUUGUGUAA